AUGUCUCGUAGAUCAUGUUUUAUUUUGAACCAAAUUAGGUUUGUCGAGUCGCAGAAUAACCCAUCAACUGAUCCAGUACUUUUAUGGUUAACUGGUGGUCCAGGAUGUUCCGGUCUCUCUGCUCUGUUGACCGAGACUAAUCCUUAUUCGUGGAAUAAGAAAGCUUCCAUUCUGACCCUGGAAUCUCCUGCCGGCGUAGGAUACUCGUUCGCCACCGACAACAAGCUCAAGACUGGUGACGACCAGGUAUCUUAA